AUGGACCCAACCAACAUGACCCAGGACUCAGUUGAUGGAAACUUGUUUGAGAGAAAUGAGUCUCUCUUCAUUUAUUACGGAGACUGUGAAGAGACGUCAUUUGCUGUGACAAUUAAGUCCCUCAUACUGGCCUUCAGUGUUUGUGGCUUGGUGACCAAUGGACUGGUCCUCUGGCUCCUGGGCUUUCGCAUCAAGAGGAAUUCUUUUUCUGUCUACAUCCUCAACCUGGCGGCCGCUGACUUCUUCUACUUAUGCUGCCAGAUUGCGCAGUGCUUUGAAGUUGUCUGUCCCACAUUUUGCGACACGGUCCCAGACUUUAUUACCACGCUCAUGUUUUUCUUUUACACCCUGGGCCUGAGCCUCCUGGUUGCCAUCAGCACUGAGCGCUCGCUGGCAGUCCUCUUCCCCAUCUGGUACCGAUGCCACCGCCCGAAGCACACGUCGGCCAUUGUGUGCUCCCUCUUCUGGGUGCUCUACCUCCUGGGGAACUUCCUGGAGAGCUGUGCCUGUGGGCUGUUUGGUCCUCUCUCCUGCCAUCUGAUGUCAUGUCCAGUCUGGGACUUCUUGUUUGUGACGCUGAUUCUCCUCCUGGUUAGUGUGCUCUGCAUAUCCAGCCUGACGCUCAUCCUCAAGGUCCAGUGCCAUCCCAAGCACAGGCGGCCCUCCAGACUCUACCUGCUCAUCCUGCUCACAGUCCUCAUGUUCCUGCUCUGUGGCCUGCCGAUGGGAUUCCACUGGUUUCUUUUGAUUUGGUUUAUGGAUUUGAAGUGUAUUGUUUUUGUAUUUCAGCUCCUAUCCUGUGUGAAUAGCAGCUCCAACCCCCUCAUCUACUUCUUCCUAGGAAGUCUCAGACAGAAGAAGAGGAGGGAGCCCCUCAGGGUGCUGCUGCAGAGGGCCCUGCGUGACGAGGCUGAGACCGAAGGGGCCAAGGAGAUCUCCCACACAGAAAUCAUGGAAAUGUCGGUGUGCAGUUGA